AAAAAAAAAAGACUCUCCUAUAAUUCUUCCCCUCUUAUCCUCUCUCUUUCGCACCUCCUCUGCUCUUCUUAAUGGCGCUCCACUCUCCUUCUCCGGUGCGCCUGACCCCUGCCCCUCAUCCCUCCAUUAAACGCCACCGGAUCUCCCCCCGCCCCGGUCCCAUGUUCGCCUCCGCCGUCUCCUCCGCCCCCAAAGCCCGCUUCGUCGCCAAGCGCUCCGAGUCCACCUCCGUCCAGCAGCUCCAGCGCCCUCUCGUGGAGUACAUGAGCCUACCGGCGAGCCAGUACUCGGUGCUGGACGCGGAACGGAUCGAACGCGUGGAUGAUAACACCUUCCGCUGCUACGUGUACCGCAUCAAGUUCUUUGCCUUCGAGGUCUGUCCUGUUCUUGUUGUCCGGGUCGACGAGGAGCCAAAUGGUUGCUGCAUCAGGCUCUUGUCCUGCAAGCUGGAGGGUUCGCCGCUUGUGGAAGCUCAGAAUGAGAAAUUCUCAGCUUCGAUGGUGAAUAGAGUUUCCUGCAAUGGUGGUAUGCGAAACUCGGGAAUGCAGGGGAUUACAACAGAUACAACCAUCGAGGUCUCUAUUGAAAUUCCUUUUGCAUUUCGAGCUAUACCAGUGGAAGUGAUUGAAUCCACUGGCACCCAGGUCCUUGAACAGUUGUUAAGAAUAAUGCUUCCACGAUUUUUGAGGCAGGUGUCUAAACUCUUAAGUGAUACUGCUUGUUAAGGACUACCAAGCUUGGGCUUCAGGCGACACCUCAAGGCGGCCUCUGGGAACAGGUGAACUUUGAAGCAGCUAAAAGAAAAUGGUGGCAGAACCUCUUAUCUAUAGAAUUAAUUUGCUCUUGUUCGGUUAUAUUGUCUCUUUAUGUAGUUAGUUAUCUAUGUAUUUUAAUGACCUCCAACUGAAAUUGAAAUAAAAUGGAAGUACUCGGUUUUCUGGGC